CAGCAGGAAGGAUAAAGCGAUCAUUUUUAUAGGAAAGAGUUUUUUAAUUUUUUAAUUUUUUUUUUGAAAGCGCAAAAAGAAUUGUUGUACAUAUGUUGAGAGAGAUCAAAGUGUAAUAUCAAGUUAGUACAAGGUCUAUCCAUUCAUUGUCCACCAACGGCAUCAGAGAAGGUACUAUUUUGCAGAGGAGAGAGAGGGGCACACCUCACUAGAUAAUAAUAGAGCUCCUUGCAUUCCCAUGUCCUCCGCCACCUUCUCCAACCCCUCCCUCUACCUCUCCACCACCACCACCACCACCGCUCACUCCCCCAGCCCUUCUCCGCCGCCGCCGACGCCUCCCUCUCUCCUCGCCCUCCGCCCAGCCGACCUCGCCGGCCUCAUCACCGAGUCCACCUCCCUCCGCCGCGUCCGGGAGCUCCACGCGGCGGCGCUCCGCUCGGGCCACCACCUCCACCCCAUCGUCAACUUCCGCCUCCAGCGCUCCUACGCUCGCUCCUCCUCCUCCUCCUCCGACCUCGACCGCUCCCUCUCCCUCCUCCGCCUCACCCCGCAGCCCAACGUCUUCUUCUUCACCGCCUCCAUCCACUCCCUCGCCUCCCAUGGCCGCCCCCUCGACGCCCUCCUCCUCUUCUCCCGCAUGCUCUCCCUCUCCGUCCCCCCCAACGCCUUCGCCCUCUCCGCCGCCCUCACCGCCUGCCCCCUCCACCCCGGCCGCGCCCUCCACGCCCUCGCCCUCAAGCUCUCCCUCGUCCCCCACGACCCCUACGUCGCCACCUCCCUCCUCCACAUGUACGCCCGCGCCGCCCACCCCGCCGCCGCCCGCCGCCUCUUCGACGCCAUGCCCCGCCGCCGCCUCGUCUCUGCCACCGCCAUGAUCACCUGCUACGCCAAGAUGGGCGACCUCGCCCGCGCCCGCCGCCUGUUCGACGAAACGCCCCACAAGGACGCCGUCUGCUGGAACGCCAUGAUCGACGGCUACGCCGCCCACAGCAGCCCCCGCGAGUCCCUCCGCCUCUUCCGCCGGAUGCUCGCCUCCGGCGCGACCCCCAACGAGGGCACCGUCGUCUCCGUCCUCUCCGCCGUCGCCCAGCUGGGCUCCGCCGCCCCCGGCAAGUGGCUCCACUCCUACAUCAAGUCCGACGGGUCGAUCCGGCUCACCCCCAAAGUCGGCACCGCGCUGAUCGACAUGUACUGCAAAUGCGGCAGCCUAGAGGACGCCGUCGCCGUGUUCCACACCGUCGCGAACAAAGACGUCGUCGUGUACAACUCGAUGAUCGCCGGCUACGCCAUGCACGGCCGCAGCCGUGACGCGCUCGAGCUGUUCGCCCGCUUGUGCGACCGCGGCCUUCGGCCCACCGAUAUCACCUUCAUCGGCGUCUUGAACGCGUGCAGCCACUCGGGGCUCGUCGACGAAGGCCGCGAAUUCUUUCACUCCAUGGAAAAGGAUUAUAGCAUCGAGCCCAAGAUCGAACACUAUGGGUGCAUGGUCGACCUCCUCGGCCGCGCAGGACUUGUGGACGAAGCGUACGAGCUCAUUCGUAGCAUGAAGAUCGAGCCCGACACGGUCAUGUGGGGAUCGCUGCUCGCCGCUUGUCGGCAGCACAAGAACUUGGCUUUGGGGGAGAACAUCGCGAACUUUUUACUAAGCAACGGGAUCGCAAACUCUGGUACAUACGUGCUCUUGUCGAAUAUUUAUGCGGCCGUGGGGAAUUGGGAGGAAGUGGCGAGAAUUCGGACGCUGAUGAAGGAGAGCGGAGUUCAGAAGGAGCCCGGGUGCAGCUCAAUUGAAGUCGGCAGUAAGGUGUUUGAAUUCGUCGUCGGAGAUUUAAGUCACCCUAAGAGCAAGGAGAUAUAUAAGAUGUUGGAGGAGAUGAAUGGGCUAUUAAGGGACCGCGGAUAUGUCCCUCAAACUGAGCUGGUAUUGCAUGAUCUGGGGGAGGCCGAGAAGGAGAGGGCUCUCGCGGUUCACAGCGAGAAGCUCGCUGUUGCUUUCGGGUUGAUCAGCACUCGGCCCGGGACGACGAUCAAGAUUGUGAAGAACCUCAGAGUGUGCUCGGAUUGCCAUACGGCGUUUAAGAUGAUAUCGGAGAUCGUGAGGAGGAAGAUCAUUGUGCGGGAUCGUAAUCGAUUUCACCAUUUUAGUGAGGGUUCUUGUUCUUGCGGAGAUUAUUGGUGAUUGUUAUUUUGAUUUUGCCGAAUUAUAUAUUCCGGGUAUUGUACAAAAUUUGAUGUAGCUUCUUUUGGACUUGGCUACCUGUAAAGAUUGUAUCCAUCUCCUUAUUGCAGGGAUCAUAUUCUUGAUUACAAGAAUAAAAAUGAGGUUAAGUUAAACAGUA